AUGAGUCGAGAUGCGUUCCUCGCUCGUAUGGCCUUGGGUCGAUCUCUGUACGAGGCACUCCCAGAAACUCCAGAGGUAGCUUCUCAGUCAACAAGAUCUAAUGAACAACAAUACAACGCCAGAGGCGAACCGAUCAGUCUAGCCACCACACGCCAGAAUGAAGCCUUGAUAGCAGCUAAAAACGAAGUUUUGGCGGCUGUGGGUGUCUGUGAAAAGAAAGACAAACUCAUUGACCGCAUGAGAGGGGAACUGCCUGAUGGUCAAGAUAGAGUCCAUCUCUCAGACGAAGAAUGGAGAAUCAUCAAAGAGGGCGAAGACGACUAUGGUGAACUCAUCCGGAUGACAGCAGAGACCUCGAGAAAUGUCCUGGAAUGGUGGCUUCUGGGUUUGAGGAGGAGACUACAGAUCGGUCUUGUUUCAUCCGACCUGAGUUUCAUGGACAUCUUGUCAGUCGAAUGGGCAUCAUUGACCGGCAAUGGAUUCUUCGGCGCUGUUCGGUUUCUCACAGUCGGCGGACUGGCAGAAGUCACAUCUCAACUCAUCAUAACCUUUGUCGACUGGUAUCUAGGUGAACAGAUCUUAAAGGCCAGCAAGAAGAUUAUCCGCCUGAAAGCCAGCACUAGGAAGCGGUUCCUGCUGCUAAGAUGCGUAAACUACAGCUACAAAGCCAUCAACGCCUUGCUCCAUCUUUCAGUCUACCCUCUAGCUUCCUUUUCAUGUCUGCAACAAUUAGGCCUCAUAUCCUCGAAGCCCCUUUUGCCUCCAAGAUCCUGGUUGGCACCUUGGAGUCCCGCAUCGCCUCUCCGUUGGGCUUUUCUCAACCAAGGACCGAUGAGGGACUCGAAGUUCCUGGGCUUGUUGGCUUCGCCAGCAGGCAUGUGGCUGAUCAUGGCCUUGCUCCAACAUUCUGCAGCGUCAGCUUAUGGCCAUGUUCCGCUGUUCGAAUACAGUUGUAUUUUAGGUCCUCACAACUCCACCUCCUCAUCGCAAAUCAGCGAUUCAGAGUCCAGCUAUCUAACGCCAUUUUCGUGGCUUCGGGACAAGCUGCUGCAAUCCUUGGGCUGGGCACCGGUUUCUGAUGCGCCAGAGAAAGAAACACAAGAUUUGACGCAAGAGUUGGGGGCAGCCAGCCAUGAAACAAGGACAGAAAGGCCUCAGCAUAAUAAGGCAACACGACACCGGGUCACCGAGCUCUCAACUCUACCCUCUAACCUCCUAGCUUUGAACCUUGAUUACCUCUUCUGGUCCAUAAUUUUAUUACCUCUCGACACAUUGCAUCUUACUUCGCUCUCAUCGGCGUUCGCCUCGAGCUCAUCAGCAAGAACCAGUGUUGAGCCUGGCAGAUCUGCAGGUCUGGUACCGGUGCUUGCAGCAUCAAGGAUGGCCAGGAUGAACAAGAUAGGCUUGUGUCUGGCAUUGGAAUUCACGCUGGACACAGCGGUUUGGGGAGGAGCAUUUCUCUGGGCAAGAUAUAUUGGUGUCUCUAGAUAUUUCUGGGGUCGUACAUGA